UAACGCAUCAGCCAGCCAGCAGCUUGCAGACAUAAUAACGGAUUGGGAUAUUUUCGCGCCCGGUUCUCGUGCGAAGGAAAAGAUCUCUACGUUAUGUAUUAUUCUUCAAACUGCUAAUAUAAAUUAUUUAUAAGUAAUAUUUAUUCUGUGUCAUCAUGUCUCAAACAGAGGAACCUAUGGACGUUGCUGCAGAUGUUGGGGAAAAUUCAAAUGGAUCAUCAAGCGACACUACUUCCUCGAGAGGCAAAGAAGGGGAUUUCGAAAGUAAAAUUGAAACUGAUCGUUCAAAAAGAUUUGAGUUUCUGUUGAAACAAACUGAGAUUUUCUCUCAUUUCAUGACAAAUACUCCCAAAUCUGGCAGCAGUCCACCAAAACCAAAAGCCGGCAGACCUAAGAAGAUCAAACAAGACGUGGAGCCGGGCGGAGGGUCAGCGGGAGACCACCGCCACCGAAAGACUGAACAGGAAGAAGACGAAGAGCUACUUGCAGAAACAAACACUAAAGUAAAAUCAAUAUUCCGUUUUGAAGCUUCCCCGCAUUAUAUUAAAAAUGGAGAAAUGCGUGAUUAUCAAGUAAGAGGUCUUAACUGGAUGAUCUCCCUGUAUGAAAAUGGCAUCAAUGGUAUCUUGGCAGAUGAGAUGGGUCUUGGUAAAACAUUACAGACUAUUUCUUUGCUUGGAUACAUGAAGCAUUUCAAAAAUGUCCCAGGACCGCACAUUGUUAUUGUUCCAAAAUCAACAUUAACAAAUUGGAUGAAUGAAUUUAAGAAAUGGUGUCCAUCCCUGAGAGCUGUAUGCCUAAUUGGUGACCAAGAAACUAGGAGCACAUUCAUUCGAGAAGUCCUGAUGCCUGGUAACUGGGAUGUUUGUAUUACAUCUUACGAGAUGAUAAUUCGGGAGAGAUCAGUAUUCAAGAAAUUUAACUGGAGAUACAUGGUGAUUGACGAAGCUCAUCGAAUCAAGAAUGAAAAGUCAAAACUUUCGGAACUGCUUAGAGAGUUCAAGAGUAUGAAUCGGCUGCUGCUCACUGGUACCCCACUGCAAAACAAUCUCCAUGAGCUGUGGGCCCUGCUCAACUUCCUGUUGCCUGAUGUAUUUAACAGUUCUGAUGACUUUGAUUCUUGGUUCAACACUAAUGCAGCUCUCGGUGACAAUCAACUAGUGUCUCGGUUGCAUGCAGUGUUAAGACCAUUCUUACUUCGUCGCCUGAAGUCUGAGGUGGAAAGGAAACUUAAACCGAAAAAGGAGGUGAAAGUGUAUGUAGGUUUGAGCAAAAUGCAAAGAGAAUGGUAUACUAAGGUCCUGAUGAAAGACAUUGACGUUGUAAAUGGUGCUGGCAAGGUUGAAAAGAUGCGACUGCAGAACAUUCUUAUGCAACUGCGCAAAUGCUGCAACCAUCCUUACCUAUUUGACGGUGCAGAGCCUGGCCCACCCUACACAACUGACUUGCACCUUGUGUACAACUGUGGAAAACUUGCCAUCCUUGACAAAUUGUUGCCAAAACUCCAAGAGCAGGAUUCUAGAGUACUGAUAUUUUCCCAAAUGACCAGGAUGUUGGACAUUCUAGAAGAUUAUUGUCUUUGGCGGCAGUAUAAGUACUGCCGUUUAGAUGGCCAAACACCACAUGAAGAUAGAAAUAGGCAAAUCGAAGAGUAUAAUGCAGAAGGAAGUGAGAAAUUUGUCUUCAUGCUGUCGACGCGCGCUGGAGGUUUGGGUAUUAACUUGACGUCGGCCGAUGUCGUCAUAAUUUACGAUUCCGAUUGGAAUCCGCAAAUGGAUUUGCAGGCUAUGGACAGAGCACAUCGUAUUGGGCAGAAAAAACAAGUAAGAGUAUUCAGACUCAUUACGGAAAAUACGGUGGAAGAGAAGAUUGUAGAACGAGCUGAAGUGAAGCUCAGGUUAGACAAACUCGUGAUACAAUCUGGUCGCUUAGUUGAUCAGAAGAGUCAGCUCAAUAAGGACGAAAUGCUCAACAUGAUCAGACACGGUGCCAACCACGUGUUCUCGUCUAAAGAUUCUGAAAUCACUGAAGAAGAUAUUGACGUCAUAUUAGCUAAAGGAGAGCACAAGACUGAAGAGUUGAAGCAAAAACUGGAGAGUCUAGGAGAAUCUUCACUACGAGCCUUUUCCAUGGACACACCUGGCGCCACAACAGAUUCGGUCUACCAGUUUGAAGGGGAGGAUUACAGAGAGAAGCAGAAAGUGUUACCCAUUGGUAAUUGGAUAGAACCGCCUAAACGCGAGCGUAAAGCUAACUAUGCAGUGGACGCGUACUUCCGAGAGGCACUGCGCGUGUCCGAACCGAAGGCGCCUAAGGUACAGGCACCUCGUCCUCCAAAGCAACCGAUUGUGCAAGAUUUCCAGUUCUUCCCGCCACGACUUUUCGAACUUCUGGAUCAAGAAAUAUAUCACUACCGCAAAACACUGGGGUACAAAGUUCCUCGGAAUCCCGAGUUGGGUCCCGAUGCUGCCAAGAUUCAAAGAGAAGAACAACGGAAGAUAGAUGACGCUGAAGCUCUUACUGAAGAAGAAAUACAGGAGAAAGAACAGUUGUUAACUCAAGGGUUUACCAACUGGACGAAGCGAGACUUCAACCAAUUCAUUAAAGCAAAUGAAAAAUAUGGUCGAGAUGACAUUGAAAACAUUGCCAAAGAUGUUGAAGGCAAAACUCCUGAAGAAGUUAUGGAAUAUUCUGCAGUUUUUUGGGAGAGGUGUCACGAACUUCAAGAUAUAGACAGAAUAAUGGGACAAAUUGAAAGAGGAGAGGCCAAAAUACAAAGAAGAGCGUCUAUCAAAAAAGCGCUGGAUGCUAAGAUGGCGCGGUAUCGAGCUCCAUUCCAUCAAUUAAGAAUCUCGUAUGGAACGAAUAAAGGAAAAAAUUACGUUGAGGAAGAGGACAGGUUCCUCGUGUGCAUGUUGCAUAAAUUAGGCUUCGAUAAAGAAAACGUGUAUGAAGAACUUCGAGCAUCAGUACAUGCUGCACCACAAUUCAGAUUUGAUUGGUUCCUCAAGUCCAGAACAGCCGUAGAAUUGCAACGCAGAUGUAAUACUCUUAUAACUUUGAUCGAAAGAGAAAAUCAAGAACUUGAAGAAAAAGAAAGAGCUGAAAAGAAGAAAAAGAGUGGUGCCGCCAAUCAAAAUACACCUGGCGGAAAUGCGACUGGCAAAGGCGCUAAUACAAGUAAACGCAAAGCCGACAACACACCUGAUACCGCCCAAAAGCACAAAAAGAAGAAAAAGUGAACCUAAUGUGGUUCAACACGCAAUUGAAUGAUUAUAAUUUCUUAAGUAAUGAUUAAGAUGAUUAACAUUGCAAUGGUAAAUAAACCUAUUGUCAUGAAUGUCUA